CGUCGCUUUGUGCAACAAAUGUUGAGUAAUAUAUAUAUAGACAAUUGUGCGGGUUAUUACCCGCUUCAAACCUAUCGCGAACUCAAGCUUUAGUCUUCUUCAGAUUGACAGUAAUAUUUCUCGAAAUAUCCUACUUUUUAGCAGUUCUGCUGUGUCCAUAGACUGACUGACUGUUCGACGACUUGAUUGAGUCAUCUUAAACUGACUAUCUAGAACUGAUCGGUGUAUAGCAUUUAUCCACAACCUCCUGUCGCACCAAGCAAUCACAAAUGUCGAGCCUUUACGAGUAGGAUCCUCUCGACCUAGGCAGAGAUGCCAUCAGACUUUGCCGCCUCUUCCGCAGGUCUCAGGACCCGCAGUGGCCACCCAUUAUACGAUGCGAGCUCUUCCAAUCGUACCUGCACGAGGCUGAAGGGGUGCCGUACGAGGCGCUGUCAUAUACAUGGGCCUGCGAAGAUGGAACCUCCGAGACCAUAAAGCACACCAUCAUCAUGAACGGCAAAGUUCACCACGUCACGACAAAUCUCUUCCACGCUUUGUCUAGCAUUCGCCUGGACCACGAGGACAGAAUAGUCUGGAUCGAUGCGCUUUGUAUCAACCAGGCCGACCACCGAGAGCGCGGUCACCAGGUCGGACAAAUGGCGCAGACGUACAGUUGCGCCCAGAGAGUUCUGGUCUGGCUCGGGAUGGGGAAUGCCCUGAAACACUCCAUUAUAAGGUGGAUGGAUGCGCUAGACAGGAGAGUCAACGCCAGGCCGAACUUCUCUAGACAAUCUUCCCCCGUCGGCCUGUGGGUGAACGAGGUGCGCAAUCAGGGUUACUCGGCCGUCACGUACGGCAAGGACCCGAAUGAUCAUAGUCAGGCCCGCUGGCCGCUGACCAUGAAGAGAGAGAAACUGCCACAGCUGGACGUCGGAGUAGAGUACCGAUACCCUCUCCCGUCCUUGACGGAAAUAGAGCAGCAGGAGGUCCCAAGCCUGUACCGCGCAGCGUGGUUCACUAGGAUCUGGGUUAUACAGGAAGCGGCGAAGGCGCGAUCGGCUUUGGUCAUGUACGAUCGCUACUCGGUGCAAUCGUCGACGUUUGUGCUCGUCCCGCAGCUGUUCGACUUUGAAGUUCCUGAGGGGACGCAGGCUGUACUGGAUCUUUUGCCUGGCCCACUGCGGAUGACAUCGUGGUGGAAUAAUGCGCGGGACUUGCGCACCCUGAUGGACAAGUUUGGCUCGAGUUGCAAGGCGUCCGACGAAAGGGAUAAGGUUUACGCGCUUUUGGGUUUAGCAUCUGACGCGCCAUCUCUGCAGCCGGACUACGAUGUUGACACACGCGUAGUGAUUGAGAGGACAAUCGCAUAUCUCAUGGCGAACAGAGGGGUGACGGGCAGGGCUGGCCUGUGGACGCGUCACCUGCCCCAGUGGACGAUGGAUCAGUUUUUAGAAGAGUUGCCAGAGGCAGAUGAUUCGUUUCUUAGUUGGACCUUGCGCUACAGCAGCCUAGAGGCGGUCGCCGUCGAGGUGGUAGUGUUGGGUUUGAGCUUGGAUAGCAUGAACGAUCCGAAGUGGCCGUCGGAUUCCUUGGAUGAGAGUAAACCACAACUUCCACGUCUCCUCCGGGCCAUCCUGGGCAGACCAGACAUCAACCCACAGGUUGAACACAAUGGGAAGACACCGCUAGCCAAAGCCGCCCAAUCAAGGCCCUGGGCCGUUGUACACCGCCUCCUUGGGGACCCUCGAGUCGACCGAUGGGCCAUGCGAGGCUACAGAAACUUCCUCUGGGAAACCCCCAACCCAAUAACGCAGCUAGCCCCGGCGGCCAUUGCUCCACUAUUUGAUACUAUUCAGCUAUUUCUCUCCAACUUACCUCAUCUCGCGCGAGAGGGCCUGCUGGGCGAAACCAGCAAUAUUUCCGAUCACCCGCUAUCCUACGCCCAUGGGAAGCUGCUGAGCCUCAAAGGCGACAUAAAGAGACUUGUUGAGGACCUGAUGAAAGAAGACCUCCAAGAAAUCAUGUAUGUCCUCAAGUAUCUGGAUCGCCCCUCUGGCCUGGAUGGCCCCGAUGACCUGGCUCGCCGGUGGGGGUGGCUGGCCCAGCUAAAGAGCUGCGUAAUCAGCGACUACAUCGCAGCGCACCUGGAACUGGGGCUUGAGCUCAAGAACAUGUGGGUAUAUGCCCGCCCAGACUGCCUCUUGUGGUUGGCAGUCGGGCUUGGUGAUAUACCGGCUGUGUCGAGGCUGUUGGUCCCCGAGCUCAAGGUGGGAUCCUUUAACCCCAUUACCUCACUUCUCUUAGUGGCUGUGAUAGCCAGAGACGUGGCCAUGGCCGAGACGUUGCUCGAAAAGGGCUGGGAUUCAUAUGAAGCAAGGGAAGAAGUCAAAAUUUCGCAAGCUCUGCAAAUCGCAGUCAUGAAUAAACAAAAGGACAUGGUCGAGCUUUUGCUUCACAACGGGGCUGACCCCAAAAACAAACGAUAUGGGUCAACGCCGUUUUAUACCGCCAUCGAAUUGGGAAACACUGCUAUGGUCGAAAUGCUUCGGUGCGCGGGGUUUGUCGUUAGAACAGAUUUGGGGAAGCAUGGGGAACAGCAAACUGCAUCGGCGAGAUUGCCCGGUAGUCCACGUCUGUCUGAUGCCAAAGAAACCUCCAUCUCACCGGAUCUGACAACUACUGGGGUUGUAGAAGGGUAACGGGCUAUCCCUCAAGAACAUGGACAAGGACAUCGCGUGCUCAGAGUGUUAUUCAGUCUUUCGCAGUGGAAAUUCCUGUAAAGGAAACAAUAUUAUAUAAAACCUAUUCACCGUGCAAUCGCACCGCUCUUCUCAUCCGGCUGCACCAGCUCUCUCGUCUUGAACUUGGCCCAAAA